GGUCCUGUUUUUUAAAAGUCAAAGUAUCAAAAUCACGGUCACGCUGGAUGACGUGUGUGAACCUGUCCGCCGGUUAAUGACAGGUUUGUUUGAUCUGACAGACCUUGAAUCUCAGUUACAUCACGAGCAUCGACCGUGUUUCACGUACAUAAUGAAUUUAAAAGGCAAAGUUGUGAUAGUAACUGGUGCUAGUUCCGGAAUAGGAGCUGCAACAGCUAAGCUCUUCGCAUCCCAUGGUGCCCUGGUAACCGCAGUUGGAAGAGACGAAGUACGUUUACAACAAGUCGCUGAUAUUUGCAAAACGUAUCAUGGUAUACAACCUUUAUGUGUUCGCGUUGAUUUGACUGAAGACGGUAGCUGCGAAGAAGUUGUUAAUAAAACAGUGGAAACAUACAAAAAGAUCGAUGUUUUAGUAAAUUGUGCUGGAAAAACUAUCGUGUCAUCUCUAUUCGAAAAUUCAAUGGACACUUUCGAUGAUUUGGUGUCUUUAAAUCUGCGUGUACCUUACAAACUGUGUCAGUUAUGUGUGCCAUAUUUGAAACUAACAAAAGGUAACGUUGUCAAUGUAUUUGGGAACAAAUGCGUACAUCGUCCAGGUUUUCUGUUAAGUGCCAUACUAUGCAGUGCUUUACAAUGUUUCACGGUGUCAGGUUCUCGGGACUUAUCUUGUGAGGGUAUCAGGAUGAAUGCGGUGCGUCCUGGAUUAACCAGGACUCAUUUUUUAGCAAAUUUUAACGUUGACGAAGACCUGAUGGACCUGACAUAUAAUGAGAUAGCUAACACACAGCCACAAGUGAUCAAUGAGCCAGAAGACGUCGCCAAGAUGAUCCUGUUCCUGGCUGGAUAUGAACAUCCCAAUCUCACUGGUAAUAACUUAUUUUUAGGCGGUGGCGCCACCUCAUGUUAAUAU